AUGGAUGAAAAUAAUGAAAUAUGUGAAAUUAUUCCAUCUCAAAAAGAAAAAAUUAAAAUAAAUGUUCGAGGUUACUUAAUGGCACAAGAAAAAAAACUAAAGGAUACAUAUUAUUGGUUUUGUGAAAAAAAAAGCUUGAAAAUUUCUAGUAAUGCUAUAGUUGCAGAAAUUAUUGGACAAAUCAAACAGAAAGCUCGUAUAAUACGAGACAAAUCUUCCCAAAUAAUUCAAGAUAUUACUUCUAGUAUGUUGCAAGAGUAUCAACCUUACAUGCCAUCUUCUAAUGCCCUUC